AUGGAGAUGGUUAAGCUUCAUUUGAUUAUGGAGAUUGUAUCAGAUAGAUUGGAGAUGCACAAGAACGUGGCAGCGCAACGCGACAACUGGAACCACCUUCUUCUAACAUCAGUUAACAUGAUCACUCUUUCUGCUUCAACCAUGCUUGCUCUUGCAGCUACUAGUACUACUUCAAGUGGAGCACCUCUUAUGGCACUUAAGGUUUCAUCAACAAUCCUUUUCAUGGCUGCAACUGGAAUACUUGCUGUCAUGAACAAAUUCCAGCCAUCACAGCUUGCUGAGGAACAGAGAAAUGCUGCUAGGUUGUUCAAGCAGCUUAAUGGAGAGCUAAGAACAAAGGUUUCUCUCCGUAACGCCAAUGAAUUCGAGGUAACUGAAGCGAUGGAAAGAGUUUUGGCAUUGGACAAGGCUUACCCUCUUCCUCUUUUAGGCACCAUGCUUGACAAAUUCCCUCACAAAAUUGAACCAGCAGUGUGGUGGCCUCAAAGGAAGAAGAAACAUCAUUGGAAAGAAGUAGGGGACAACAAAAACAACAGCAAUAAUGGAUGGGAUUCAAGGUUGGAAGGGGAAAUGAAAGCAAUUGUGAAAGCUGUGAGGAAGAAGGACAUGGCUGAGUACACGAGGCUAAGUAGAAAGGCUUUGAAUCUAAACAAGGUGUUGGCAGUUUCAGGGCCAUUACUCACUGGUCUUGCAGCAAUUGGUUCUGCUUGUUUGGGAUGUGUGAAUGGUUCAUGGCCUGUGAUGUUUGGUGUUGUUGGUGGGGCUUUGGCUUGUGUUGUUAACACAGUUGAGCAUGGUGGCCAAGUUGGCAUGGUGUUUGAGUUAUAUAGGUCUCUUAUUGGGUUCUUUAAGCUCAUGGAGGAGUCUAUUCAGCAGAAUUUAAGGGAAAAAGAUCUUCACAGAAGGGAAAAUGGAGAAUUGUUUGAGAUCAAAGUUGCCCUACAGCUUGGUAAAAGUCUUGAAGAACUAAGGCAAUUUUCAUCUUCUACUCAAAACGAUUUUGCUAGCAAGCUUUUCUAG